CACGAGGGACGAGCAAACACGAACCAUUGUCGCCAUGGUGAUCCUCGACUUUUGUGAUUUUCCUUCUCGCUCCCUGCGCUUGUGGUGCCCACGGGGGAAUGCGUGCGUCAAACCACUAACGCUGCAACUAGCAGUCUGCCGGAAUCUGUGGGCUAAAGCAGAGGCCGGAAGGAUGGCCCACAAGAGGGGCUGCUCGGUGUCCCCCUCCAGACCCCAUGACUAUCUCUACGACCCUUUAUUCACAGUGCCUACAUUCAAAGAUUUUAUGAAGGCGGCCAACUGCGCGGCUAGAGAGGCAGCCGAAAUUCAACUGCGGCCGGUUUUCAAAAACAUGUUUAGCGAGCUGCCUCAUUAUCCGAGCGUGGAAGUCGUGGUGUCAAAUAAGAGUUGCUUCCCACAACAAGUUCACAAAACUUUGUGCUCAAGGGUGGCCAGGAGACAAUUCGAUCGCGCCUCUGAAGUGAACGGAAUCCAUAGGCACAAAUAUUUUACAAGCGCCUUGGAACCAACGCAGGAGUGCGAAUACGCGCCUUUGGUGAGGCGGUCUUCCAAGCCGUGGACUCCGUCGCCAUUGAGCACCACCUACGUCGUCACCCGGGAGCUGAAGUCCCUCGAGCGGCCCGUGACCGAGCCACACAUGGCCCUGAUGACGGCCAGCUAUCGCAACAACGGCACGCAAACAAUGCAACAGCAGUUCCUGCAGCAGGAUCAUGCGAGAGUGGAUUUCAGCGGCAACCCGAGGGAAGCAGUGGCCGCCAGGAUGCAGCAGUUGCGGGAGGCGGGCGAGGAGAGACUGAGACUGGCGGCCAAACUGCGGGCCGAACACGCGGCGGCCGCGCAGGCCCAAAGGGAGGCCAGUAGGGCGAGGACCAAGGCUCGCUGGGACGAGCGCAAAGAGGCUGAGCUGACUAAACUUAUGGCCAGACAUAACAGAGAGGUGCGAAAACUGGCGAGGGACUUCAACGAGGUUAGCGUCCAGAGUGAAAUCCGCGCACCCCGCGUCGAAAAAAGUGAGCAUUUGGAACUGCCCAUCAUCCAAAGUCUACCUGUUGUCGCUCCGUCACUAUGAAUGCAACUUUUUCCCAAAUAUUUCGGAA